AUUCUCCGUUCUCCCAACUUGGAUCUGCGACACACGGAGCCCUCAGUCAAAUCUCCGCAUUUCUUUACUCCCGUCACCACCCUUAAGAACGUUUAGUUAGUAGUUAAUUAUGAGCCGCUAAGUUAAGCUCCCAAGAAGCAGAAGCCACAGAGCCUCCAAGAACAGAGACAGCUCACACUCACUAGGAUACGCACAGCUCCAAGCCCCUCCUCGCAUUCUCUGGAAGCGUGCGCCGCGUGGGAGGAGAGCUUCCCAUUCUCCCCGCUGCCUCGGGAGACCCCGGUGUGUCCGGUUCUUGCUUACUCCGGAGGAGGAGGAGCGUUUCUUGCUUCGUGCAAUCUUCGCUCUUGCGGCGAUUUCUUCUCCGUGUCCGUGGAGCGUGAGGGAGGAGGAAGAAGGAGUGCUCUUCUCUGGGGACCAGCAAGAUUUCAGCUUUGAUCACCCGGACUAUAACUGGUCAGAUGCUUGACCGCAACAGCAUGUCGCCCAGGAGAUUACAGGCUGUGGUCAUGUUGUUAAUGCUCAUGAUUUUCAACGCUUCAGGAGCAUUUGUUGGUAUUAACAUUGGCACUCAGGUGUCAAACAUGCCAUCACCAUCAGACAUAGUCUCCAUCCUUAAAGCAAAGAAGAUUCAACACGUUCGCUUGGUUAAUUCAGACCAUCAGAUGCUAGUUGCCCUUGCCAAUACUGGAAUUGAAGUGAUGGUUGGGGUGCCAAAUGAUCAGCUGCUCCGUGUGGGGCAGUCUCGUCCAACAGCUGCUGAUUGGAUUAACAAGAAUGUUGCUGCUUACCUUCCGGCGACUAACAUUACAUAUAUUGCAGUGGGUGAUGAGGUUCUUACUGCUAUCCCAAAUGCAGCCCUUGUUCUAGUACCUGCAUUGCAAUUCCUCCAGUCGGCACUUUUGGCUGCAAAUCUCAAUACCCAGGUGAAACUUUCGAGCCCCCAUUCAAUGGAUAUGAUCACAAAGGCUUUUCCUCCCUCUACUGCCACUUUCAACUCGACAUGGAGCUCAGUUAUGUCCCAGUAUCUUCAGUUUCUGAAGUCUUCAGGGUCUGCGUUCAUGCUGAAUGCUCAACCGUAUUAUGGCUAUGUGAAAGGGCAAGGCAUUUUCCCUUUAGAGUAUGCCCUGUUCCGAUCACUCAAUCCCAACAGUCAGAUUGCAGAUCCCAACACUAACUUGUUCUACACCAAUAUGUUUGAUGCUAUGGUUGAUGCUACAUACAGCUCGAUGAAAGCAAUGAAUUUUACCGACAUUCCUGUUAUGGUCACAGCUUCUGGUUGGCCAUCACAUGGUGGGCGAAAUGAGCCUGCUGCUGAUGUUGAUAAUGCAUUGGCCUACAAUAGCAAUCUCAUACGCCAUGUACUAAAUAAUUCUGGUACACCUAGCCAGCCAAAUAAUCAAGUAAGCACAUACCUGUUUGAGUUGUUCAAUGAGGAUCUUCGGGCAGGACCUGAUUCAGAGAAAAACUGGGGGAUUAUGUUCAUCAAUGCAAGCGCCGUGUACUCAUUGACAUUUGAAGAUGUUGCUACAACCACUACAGAUUCACCUGCUUUACGCGGGAUGUUUUGUGUGGCAAAUUCAAGUGCACCCCACAGUGCAUUAAAACAAAGCUUGGAUUGGGCAUGUGGCCCUGGCUCCGCAAACUGCAGUGCAAUUCAACCUGGACAGCCAUGCUAUAAACCAGAUGAUAUUGUAGCUGUUGCUUCUUAUGCCUUCAACGAUUAUUAUCAUAGAACACAAGCAAGUGGCGGUACAUGCAACUUUAAUAGCACAGCAUCAAUGUCGUCUACUGAUCCAAGCCAUGGCACAUGUAUUUUUGCAGGAAGCACCGGCGCCAAUGGCAGUGGUGCGGCUUCCGGACCUGUGAGCCAAGAGAGCUUUGCUUCACACUAUCAGUCUUGCUGGUGGACUCACCUAGUCGCCGCCUUGCUGCCCGUUGUACUUCUCCUGUAAAACAUUGUAACGUUGGAUGAGAUGCACCAAAAUUGAUGUGCGUCUCGUCAUUAGAUAGCGUAGGGAGGCCAUAUCUGUCGAACUGCAUUGAGAUCGAUGACAUGUAAUAUUUUGUUGUCCUAGAAAUGAUUGAGCAAAGAUGUGCACCAGUUGUGGGAGGCUUCUUUUCUGAAAGUUCCAAAUUCAGUGUAAAUGCCAUGCAUAUGGCUUAUUGGCUUUAUUCAUGAACUGUCAUCCUAAAUGUCUUUGGUCAGACAA